UAUCCUAUUCUGUCCUUUAGGUGCCAAAUAUAUCGAUACACGAACGUUCACUCGACCGAAGAGAAAACACGACUCUCUAUACAAUCCAGUCCUAGAAACAGCACCUGAGCAACCAACAAAACUGUCAUCACCACUGCUGAACGUACAAAUUGGCGGUCCAGUGACACUUUCGAAUACCCCCAACCCACUGAUGAACUCAAGUCAGAUGAUGCAGCGAAGUUGGUUGAAUGAUGUGUCUCCACCGAAUUCUAUCAUGUCAUCGAUGGAUUUCUCGGUAAAUGAGAAAAUGGGUAGUAGUCUCAUAACUAGUGGAGAUUUUACGAACGUGAGCUCUUUUCUAAAUGCAAAUGGAGGAGAUGACAUGCUCGGUUCGCAGAGCACUUAUGAUGGUUACAAACUGGCCGAUGUGAUAAAAGAUCGUAAAUUUUUGGAGAAUCUUUCGGGCCUUGAUGAAACAAUGACAAAGGAUCACGCGAUAUCAAAAACCGAUUUAAACGGUAUUGAGGAAAAUUUAUCUGGUCUGAGCACGAUGCAGAAUUCUUUGGAAAGCGUUACCAAAAGUGCGGAGGGUAGACUGUCAGAUGUGACAAUGAUUUUAGAUCAUAGGAAAGCUAACAAUACCUUCGAGGUCACGGAAGCGAAAGAUUCGAACGCUCCUGUUGCAUCUCGAGAUAAGCUUAAUAGCACAUUCAACCGGAGGAAAAAUUUUGAUACCUACCGCAAGCCUAAAUCUAGUCUCAAUAGUACAUUUGACGCAUUGCCCAAGGUAGACACCGAUGAGCCAAUGGUGGUGGAUCAGACAUUCGACAAAGUUGUGGACACGACUUUUGGUGUAACUGAUGCAGGUAACGGUACAUUCUGCCUCAAUCGUACUGCUAAAGUUACAGAAGGAGAAGAAAAACAACUAAACCAGACUUACGAAUAUUGCAAAAGGAAAACAACGGAGUUGAAUCAAACAUUUGAAGGAAUUAAAAAUGAAACAUUCGUACCAAACGAUGUCAGUCCGGAUAAUAUUAAUGAUGAUUCUUUCAAUGGUACAUUUGAAAUAUCGAAAAAUGGAAUUGAAUGUGGAAAUUCGGUGGAUAUGGUUCAAUCUACACCGUUUGUACAAGUGCCUAGAAUGAAACGAGUCAGUAAUAUUUCACAAUAUGAAAUGAAUGUUUCACCAAUCGCUGCUGGUCCUGUAGCGCGAAUAUCCGACAGUGGUAUGAGAGGUAGCAGAAAUCUUGAGCAAGACUUAGAGCAUCAUAUGGAGACUGAUGAUUUUGACGUGGAAUUCCGGAAACUUCCACUAACUCCCAAUUCGAAGACUGAAAGUAGCAACGGUUCUCACUUGCUGGAGAGCGAAAAAAGAAUAUCAUUGCAGCAAUUUGAAGAUUUUGAAAAAUCAUUCAUGGAAAGUGAACAAAAUGGUGUAGAUUUCGAUGACAUGUUGAAUUCAUUAAUGGAUGUUAGGCGUUCUGGGGACAGUGUGAAAUUACGCCAAUCUCUAGACAAUAUUAAAAGACGCCAUUCUCACAUUAAUAGUGAAAAGCAACAGGAAGACAUACGAAAGCGUGUAGAAUUGACCGAAUCGUCUUCGUCACCUCUGGACAACAAAUUAGUAGAUUCAAUGGCAAGAAGUAUGUCUUCCUCGAGUGGAAGUGAAAGGUUGCUCAAUCGAAGGAGUAGGUACAAUGAUGAUGUCCAUCUAACCUUGUCCCCGCAGAAUCAAUCCGUAUCAUCCGUAACACCACAACAGGAGCUAGAAUCCCAAUCUAACGAAGCAAAGGACGUUCAAUAUCCCCUUCCUACUGCCCCAGAGGUAGGAAACAGUGAUAAGAAAAAUCGCGACCGAUUCAAAACUAUUCGUAUCAGCAAACGACGAGAAGAGGGAAUGGUAAUAGUCCCUGGCCCAGGAGAGAUUGAAGACUGUUUUGCGGAACCUGUAUCUCUUGUAGCAGAAGAAGAGGUACCUGUUUCGCCAAUAGUUGAGACGAGUGCCUUCAGUCGUGUGGAUUACAAUUCACCAAAAGAUAGCAGAGUUCCAACGGUUGGAAGUGUGAGCAAUAAUGAACAGAUCUUCAAAAUGCCUCAAGGUAUACCCAAGCCUGAGACUAAAGUGAGAUCACUUUCAAAACCACGUUAUGGUGCACAAAGUAGUGGAUAUGGUUUUUCCCGAAAAGAUCUUUCCCUUCCUUUGACAGCAAAAUCCAGCUCAACCGAUAAUUUGGAAAAUAAUCGUCCUAACUAUCAACAGUCCAGAUUGUCAUUCGGGGGCAGUAAAUUGUCUGCUAACGGAGAUAGUUCUAUUGGUGGAGGGAAACCUCAACUACAAUCAAACUUAAAAUCUCCUAUGGGCAUCAAAUCCAAAUCAUACCACAACUUGUAUCACAAUCAAGUGAGUGGGGGUUCGAAUAGUAAUCUGAACAGGAUUCCAGGCCAGCUUGGUUUGUCAGCACAAAAACUUUCCCACAAUAAUAGCAAUAAUGAGAUAUCGGGAGUGCAAUUGCGAGCACCCAAGGCAGCGUCUCGGUUGGGAUUAGUUCGACCUUCAUCCGGUUAUUUCAGCUACAGUACGCAGCGGAAAAAUGUUGAUUCGGACACCGAAUCGAUCAAUAGUUUAUCUUCGUCAUCAGCUAGUUCUAGAGGAAGCUUAUACCGAAUAGAUAGUCAAGGUUCAGCUAACAAUGUACAAAACUAUGUAAACAAUAGUAUCGAAGAUAUUAGCGGUAGCAAUUACGCUGUAAAUACGAGCGGUAACAGUAUAGGGCUAAAGAAACCUAGCCUAAUCGAACCAAUGCGAACGACAGUUAAUUCUGUCCAGCACAAAUCUACGGUCGGUUCAAUAGGGAGCUUGGGCAGUACCGGUACAUUGGCAGCAACAGGUACAGCUUUGCGGCCAUCCGGUUUACGACCUCCGUCAAAUCUACGACCCCCGACGGCACGAACAGGGCUUCCUAGACCGACCAGUUACGUGCGACGAUAGACUGCAUAUUUCAGCAUUAACAGGUAAUCUUCUUCUCAUCCAUUCGAGCUUUAUCAAAAUCCGCAAAUAUGUAAAUUUGCCUACAAAACGUACGCCGAAUUUAACAUAAUUAUAGUAAUUUCCUCGUUUUUAUCAGUGAAUUUUCAGUUUUUAAAACUAGUUCGGAAGAAUUUAUAUUACAUUUUCUGAUUAUCAAUAUCAGAAUGUAAGGCCUUGAAAGCUUGUUAUAUAUCUUGUACGUCAGUGUUUUACUAUCUGUCUACAUUUAUUGGUUUUUUUUUUCAUACACUGUUAUCAUAGAUUCUAUUCGAAAUUCAGUCUUACGUAUGUAAUCGAAGUUUUAGAUGAUUAGUAUAUACAGUAUACACUAUUACAUACUUUUGCGGCACGUCAUAUGUUUAAAACUGUCGCUUCUUUACUAGAAACCAAUUGUACCAUUUUCCAAUAAAUACUAAAUGUAUAAUGCCUUAAACAAACUUUUUAAACGAUUGCCAUUCAAUUAUUAACAAAACGCGCCCGUUUCUAUGUUAAUAUUCUCUACGUUGCAUUUUAUUUUUAACCCAAUACUAACUACCAAUUGUUAAUUUCCUACAAGUAUUUUCGAAGAAUGACAUUUCCUCUAAAGUCGUUUCAUUUGCUUGUAAGUAACAACCUAGUUGUCUGAAGAAAUAAACCCAUCGCUCUAAGUUAAAGCUAUUAUCAAUUCUUUCAUGCAGUGGUGUUAACAUUAAAAAUACAAACCAGCUGGCUCGGAGACUCAAACAAACGUCUUAACAAAACAGUUUUUUCUGAGCGCCAUUAGGUUGGAAAUGAAUCCAUCACAAUUCCUUGAAAGAAAAUGUAUGAAGCAGAUUCUGGGCAAUAACGAGACUAACCAAAACGUUGUUAUUCAUAAGAUUGAAUUAUAAUAUCAAAAACAUUGACAUUCAACUACUCCUAAUAAUCUUAGAUAAUUCAUAAUUGGUUAAGCUUGAGUGUACAAUGGUUCAAACAAAAGCGUAAUAGAGAAAGAUUUCUUUAACUGUAUAGUUUAUUGGAGUACAGGAAGCGAUUCAUUCUAUGGAAUUUACCUGACGAACAGGUUACAGAUUGUAAUUAGACUGGAAUAAGCUCUAAAAAAAAUCUAUAAUGCCUAUUUGUAUACAACUGCUAACGUUCAGCUGCGGUACAGGAUUUUUUUUCUUAGUUGCAAUUUGCUUCUUCAAACUGGAGCAACAUUGAUUUUACGUGCAACUGGUAAAUAUUGGCAGGUAUCCAUUCGAUCUUGUAUCAUAUGUGUAUACAGAAUGCUGUCGUAGAAGAUCUCAGUGAUCUUU